ACAGCUAUCGUAUGCUCGGCUCUGUGCUGGGACAAGUGAGGAGAGAGACACACUCGCACACACACACACACGCACACCCAAAGAGAAAUAGUGUUGGAGACGCAGGGCAACAGGGCAGAGGUGCAGAUGAAAAGAGACUAGAGAAACUACUACAAUCGCUGAUAUACAACUACCAGACCUCCAGUGUAAAGAUGCGUGGACAGAAGCAGUGGGCACGGGUGGCUGUGAUGGCGCUUCUGGUGCUAACGGUGAUGGCAGCUGAGGGAGGCAAGGCUGAAAAACAAGGAAAGAAGGAGCGCAAGUCGGACUGCGGAGAGUGGCAGUGGAGUGUGUGCGUGGCCAACGAGGGCGACUGCGGGCUGGGCACCAGGGAGGGCACACGCACCGGCACUGACUGCAAGCAGACCAUCAAGACGCAGCGCUGCAAGAUCCCCUGCAACUGGAAGAAGAAGUUUGGAGGGGAAUGCAAGUAUGACUUCCAGGCCUGGGGGGAGUGCGAUCUGGCGACGGGCAAGAAGAACAGGACAGGAGUGCUGAAGCGAGCACUCAUGGAUGCGACCUGCGCCACCACUGUUACAGCCACCAAGCCCUGCGGAAAGAUCCCCAAGACCAAGCUGCAAGACUCAAAGAAGCAAAAGAAGGAAGGCAAGAAGCGGGAGCGCACCCCAAUGGACUAAUGAUGCUGUUUGUCCCCAGGAGGAAGAAAGAAGAGGGCGGCACGAUGUAAACUGCCCUGAUUCAACACGUUUCCUCUCUGUACGUCCUGUAGGUUGACAGUAGGAGCCUAUAGCGUUGACAAAACCAGUGGAAACAUGACUUGUAGUGACAAUGUGUUUUAUUUUGUCUUCUUCCUAGUACCUAAGAAACUAUUUGUAUCUUGCGAUAGGAGAUAUAAUACUCAGCUGUACGAAUAAUGAAUAUGGAAAAGAUGUGUUUACUAGUGUUCUUACCUAAUGAUGUUAUUUCUAGGAUUAUUUUCUCAAGAACAAAUUGGAUAGGAUUUGUAUUGCUAUUGCAUAGCCUAACUCUAAUUUGGAGAACUCUUUGGUCCAUGUCUCGACUUAAUGAAGCAGUUUGCGAAAAGUGAAGCUCUAAACAUCUUCACUUAAUUAAUCUGAGGGAAAAGUUGUGCUGAUGCAAUGUUGAAAGUUCUUGUAAGAUUUUUUUUUUUUUUCAGUCAUUUUGGAGCGCUUGACAUUUUUCUCCCUGCCUCAUAUUUCCAAUUAGAGGAAAUACAGCCUGCUGUUAUCUGGAGACGGCAUAAAAUACCCACUGUACUAUUGUGCAAACUGUAACUGUUUGUUGGAGUUUGUGAUCCUCCUGCUGCUGUGUUGUACCUCACUUUAUAUCCGCUGAUUUUUACUCUCCAGGUCCAGCCUGUGUAAAAUUAAAGCCCUUACAUUGUAGUCUUCAACUGGAGUUAACAUUCCCCUUGCUGCCUAUUCCGUUUCCCACAAAAAAAUAAAAACAAACAAAUAAAUAAAUAAAUGUAGAAAAGACAGC